AUGGCACUUGAAUCCACCAAGUUCUUCCCAGCAGCGGUGCUUCUCAUCGCGAUCAUCGCCUCCUUAGCUUCAGCGCAGUACAAUUUGCCCAGCGUUCCAGCCCUGUUCAUCCUCGGAGAUGGCACCGUCGAUGCUGGAACCAACACGUAUGUGAACUCUACGUACCAAGCCAGCGUUUCUCCAUACGGCGAGACGUUCUUCGGCCACGCUGCUGGACGUUUUACCAAUGGCCGGACGCUGGCGGAUUUCCUGGCGCAGUCCCUCGGCCUUCCUCUCGUCCCGCCUUUCGUCCAGCCGCUGGGAGAUCACAGGCACGGCGCGAACUUUGCCUCGGCUGGGAGUGGCCUGCUCGAUUCAACCGGUACUUCCAGAGGAGUCGUGAGCUUCAAGAAGCAGCUCCAGCAGCUGUCAAGUGUGAUGGAGGUUUUCAAGUGGAGAGGCAAGAGCAACGCCGAGACGAUGCUGAGCGAGUCCGUGUUCGUCAUUUCCACUGGUGCCGAUGAUAUUGCCAACUACAUUUCACAACCGUCGAUGAAGAUUCCCGAGCAGCAGUUUGUCCAGAGCUUGAUCGCCACCUACAAGUCAGGCAUCGAGGUAAGUGUCAAGUUUCUGGAGUUUUCUUUCCUCAAACCGUUUGGUGCUUUGCAGACGCUGUAUAACCAUGGAGCACGAAAGAUAGUGGUGGUGGAACUUGGACCCGUGGGUUGCUUCCCGCAGUCAAAGCUAGCCGCAUCUCGUUCGAGCCAGGGAUUCAGGCGUUUCGACUGCUUGGAGGCAGCAAACACCUUGGCCAAGGACGUGAACGCCGGACUUGACGAUCUCGCCAAGACCCUGUCAUCGCAACUCACGGGAAUUCAGCUGAUUGUUCUCAAGCCGUAUGAUCUCUUGAUGAGCACAAUACGCGUACCUAGAGCUUCUGGAUUCGUGAACAGUGUGGAUGCGUGCUGUGGAGCUGGCCCUUUCAACGCUGCCGAGUCUUGUGCCGAUUCCUACACACAGAGGACGUCUGAGUACCAGCCCUUUUUGUGUCCAAACCCGGCAACUUACAUGUUUUUCGAUGCUGCUCACUUCAGCGAGGCUGCCUACUUGAUGAUGUUUAAGAACUUUUGGCACGGAGACCAGAGCGUCGCUACCCCGUUCAACCUCAAGGACUUGUUUGCAGGCAAUGCUGUUCCAUUCCCACCUCUGCCACCAAGAUUUACUUAG